UGCGCCCAUGAACACAAACUGCUUAUCAUCAAAGUUGCUGGCGCCCUUAAAUGCCUUCCCAAAUAGAGCGACAUCAUUCGGUUCCGUAACCAAGAUGGCGGCUCACGGCCUUUGUCUAUUCAAGAUGGCGGCCCCCAUGACUUCCAAGCUCAAUGUGGCUGAUACACAACAUUUGACCGGAAGAUGGCGCCCUCCUGCGAGUUCGUGCCAAGAUGGUCCGCAGACCCCUCCUUUCCGUACAACGUGGCAGCUUCCGUAGCACGUGUAUCCGAUAUGGCGGCGCCUAUCUUUCUUCAAAUCAACAUGGCGGCUCCCACUCCAAAAAUGGCGGAGCACGUCUGCAAUAUGGCAGAUGCGUCGUUUCCCAUUCUGAACAUGGCGCCGCCUAUUGGGCGCUCCCAUUUCCAACAUGGCGGCGCCUAUAUCCUCCCUGCCGUACAGAAUUUGUAAAUUGCUCCCACAUGGUUCCAACGCUACUUCCUGUCCCAUUUCCCAACAUGGCAGCGCCCCUAGGCCUGAGGCUGGCGCCUCGCCUGGCCGCAGCCCCCCGGCACAUUCACUGCGGAGCCCCCCGCCCGGCCGUGGGGCAAUGGAGAGUCCAGCAGGGACUCGCCGCCAGCUCGGCCGGCUACGGGCCCCUCCGGGAUCUCCCUGACUGGUCCUUUGUAGACGGGCGUCCCGCCCCCCCGUGGAAGGGCCAGAUGCGCCGGCAACAGGAAGACGAGGCCUUUGCGCGGCGCGUGGCCAUGCUGGAGCGGGAGAUGGAGCGGGGCCUGCAGCGCUGGCAGCUCCAGCAGCGCCAGCAGCAGGAGGCCACGGAGAGGAAGAGACAGACCCAGCUGCAGCCCAAGGGGGCCGCCCUGCGUCGGGGCAGCAGCCCCCAAUAAACCCCUGCGCCUGGCCCGGACGCCUGGGUUCCCUCCCGGCUCUCGGAGGGGGGGGGGGGCGGGCUCGGGGCCAGAGCAGAGAAAGCCUGAGCUCAUCAG